AUGGCACAACAACAUAACGCUGCCCUAGUCCAAGGCCGUCGGAUGCCUAACAAGGUCGACGCUUGGAUACUAGGGAGCAGUAUUGCGUCAUUGGCGGCGGCAGUUCAUUUGAUUUCGGAUGCCAACGUGCCUCCCUCUCAGAUCCAUAUACUCGAGUCUCAAAGUACCCCUGGAGACGGCAUAACUAGUAUUGGUGAUCCACUGAACGGAUACGAUCAUCGACCUGGAUGCUUGCCAAGUUUCAAUGACGUCUGCUUGGGAAAGCUGCUUGCUCUGGUGCCUUCCGCCUGCGGUUCGGGAAGAACAGUCAAAGAGGAUAUCGAAAAAUUGCAUGACCAUGAAGGCUGUCAAGACGUUCCUAUCACACACAUCUUGGCUCAAGAAGAUGAUGGGCCGAAGAGAAUGGAAAUCGGGAAACUCGGCCUGGGCCUAAAAGAUCGAAUGAAAUUGACGAUGCUCAUGUUGCGAUCCGAGGAAAGGCUGACCAGAAAGCGAAUUGAUCAGCUUUUCAACAAGCCCUUUUUCGACAGCAUAUUUUGGAUUGUUUUCUCUACUAUAUUUACCUUCCAGCCGUGGCACAGUGCUGCCGAAUUCCGCCGAUGCCUUCGAAGAUACUUCCACGAAUUUCGAAACUUGAACACUAAAAAACCAUUGGACUGCAUUCAAUUCAACCAAUUUGAAUCAAUCAUCAUGCCAAUGAUCCAAUUUCUUCAAAACCAAGGUGUUGAUUUCCGACUAUGCACCAAGGUCACGGAUAUUGUAACACAUUCAGACCGUGGUACAGAAACCGUUUCAGCGAUUAGUAUAUUGCGCGACAGCUUCCAGGAAACAUUAAAUGUUCGUCCUGAUGACAUCGUUAUCGUCACCCUUGGAUCUGUCACAUCAGGCUCGUCGAGUGGUUCCAACAAAAGCCCGCCACCUCUGAAGACAAUGAUAGCCGAAGAUGAGCUAGAUGAAAACUGGUCGCUUUGGCUGGAUCUGGGAACAAAGUAUCCGAGCUUUGGAGAUCCGUACAAUUUCUGCACUCGCCUCACUGAGUCUAGGUUGGAGACCUUUACGGUUACACUCAAGGAUGCUGAGUUCUUCGAUCGUCUCGUUAAACUGACAUGCGACAAGCCUGGAAUAGGGCACUUGAUAUCUCUAAAACACAGCAAUUGGAAGAUCAGCGUCUGCAUACCCCGCCAGCCGUUUUUCUCUUGUCAACCUGACAACGUACAAAUCCUCUGGGGCUAUGGCCUUUGUCCAGAACGUGAGGGCAGUUUCGUGAAAAAGCCGAUGCUCGUUUGCUCUGGUGAGGAAAUAAUGGCCGAACUGCUAUGGCACCUGGGAUUCCCUUUGGAGCCAAUCCUUAACAACUCCAUCACAAUCCCAUCUGUGAUGCCACGAAGGACAGCAUCACUGUUGCCUCGAAUUCGUGGAGAUCGGCCAAGGGUAAUACUAGACGAGAUGACCAAUCUCGCUGCGAUAGGCCAAUUUGUGGAAAUACCAGAUGAGACAGCCGUCAGUAUGGAUUAUGGUGUGCGAGGAGCCCAGUUAGCAGUGAGCCAUUUGAUGGGUCUUCCUAAGCAACCAGAGGAGGCAAGGAAAAGACCUAGUUUUCCUUUCUUGGAUUUGUGGGUUUGA